CCGUUCGGGUGACGUAGGUUGUUGGGUUGUGGAUUGACGUUGCGAGUCUAUCAGCAUGAAGUACGCACGGCUGUUGAGAGUUUGAGGGUUACGGGCGCUCGGUCUGUCGGUCGGUGAACUCUGAGUAGGAAUCCCGUGAUUUAGAAUAUAAGUAUUUCACGCGCUCUCCUUAUCUUCUCUCCAAAGAAUCGAGGAAUUUACAUUUUAUUUUUAAAGAGUCACCUGAGAAGUGUCGUUGACUCCUACACCAUGAUCCACAUUUAAGAUCCCUGCAUUCCUGAGACUUCCUCUGUGCAUCUGAAGACCUCUUACCAAUAUCCAUAAACAGCAUUAUGGCAACCACUGAGAAUAACCGCCAAGGCCUUCCCAAGGACCAGGCCCUUCUUAAAGUCCCAAUAAAGAGGUUGAUGAGAGGCAAUGGUGUAGACGGUACACCCAUAAAGAAACGUGUGAUGGCUGCUUUAAAUCUUUCCUGUAAAAAAAUCCCAGAAACCUCUCUCGGCUCCAACGGUGCUUGUGAGUAUCAGGUCUCCAAGGCAAUGAAUGCGAUGGAGCCCAAUCCGGAUCUCAGCCCUGGUUUGAAACACACCCUAGCACAGUUCUCUCUGAGCAGCCAGUGUUCUCUUGGCGGUCCAGCUGCAUUUUCUGGUCAUCACGGUCAGCAUAAGUUGGCACCCCCUCUGGCCCAGGGAGGUGUGGCAGGGGGGCCCCUUCUAGUCCCUCCUGACAGCUCCACAGAUCUUGGCCUCUGCAGUCUGGAGGGUGAGUCCAUCUCUUGCUUCUCUGUGGGAGGCGAACUGCGACUUUGUCUGCCCCAGUUGCUGAACACCAUUCUCCGGGACUUCUCCUUGCAACAGAUCAACUCAGUGUGUGACCAGCUGUAUUUGUACUGUUCCCGUUGUGAUACCACACAGUUGCAUAUCCUCAAAGUGCUGGGCGUCCUUCCUCCAGGAACUCCAUCCUGUGGCCUCAUCACAUUGACUGAUGCCCAGCGCCUUUGCAACACAUUGCUCCAUCCAGGUGAGGAUCUCUCUCUUGAGUCGCACAAGGGUUAUGGUGCUGGGGAGGAGAAAGAGAAAGAUUCAGAGGAAUCUGGAGGAUUUUGGGUGGAACACCAAUGUCUAGGGAAGUGUCAAGGCCUGUUUGUUCCCCAGCUUUACUCCAGCCCGGAUGCACCCUGUAUCCGUUGCUCCCAGUGCCGAAAACUCUUCUGCCCAGAGCGGUUUGUCAUGCACUCCCACCGACAGCCAGACAAACGCACAUGCCACUGGGGCUUUGACUCAGCCAAAUGGGCCUGCUAUCUACAGCUAGCACACAGAUACCUGGGAACAGCAGAUGAAGAGAAGCUGCAGCAGACUCUGGAGGAUAUGAAGGCGAAAUACCGGCAGGAGAAGAGGGAGCCACAUCAGGGAGAAUCAUCACCUGAUUUUGUAUUUGACUCCCAUUUAAUUGCCAGUCUGAAGGAGGACCCCGAUCAUGAUGACUUGAUGUGGCAAAGUUGGUACCAGUGCAUGCCUGACAAGCUGGCAGGUAACUGCUUGGCACAACACCCUGGGUGUGUGCCUGAAAAGGAAAUGGGGUCUCCAAGAAUAGAGAUGCUGGGCGGUCCAGCCAAACAUGGAGACUCUCAGAGUAACAAGAGACAGGAUGUAGACAACUCUUACACUAAGACGCCCAUCUUUUCAGGGCAGAAAAUGGCAUGUCACACAAAUUCAGAUGAUGGCAGUCCAGACUGUAAGCGGUCUGUUGGUGUUAAUGCAGAGCACAGUCAGGAAGGCAUGGUGAUGGAACUCCUUCAGAUGUACAGUGCUCAACAUGAGAAACUUCAGUCAACGCUAUGCAGACAGAAACAGCUUGAAAAGGAGCUGCAGGCUCUGCAUCAAGGGGAAGCCAUAGACCGACGUGACCAGAGAACGGAGACGGUGCAGACUGAGCAUGCUCAGAGGCUGGGAGAGGUCCAGCAGGAACAGAGAAAGCUGAAGUCUCGACUCAACCAGCUGAGGCAGCAAGGCUGCAGAUGCAAAGAGCUGGGUACUGAGCAACACCAAGAAACCAUAUAUGCCAAACAGUUAUCAGAACUGCGUCAGAGACUGGACCGCGCUGAGGAAGACCGCGAGGAGCUGCAGGAGGAGUUACGCAGGGAGAGGGAUGCCAGAGAGAGGCUGGAGCGUACCAUCUCUGAGCUCAAACAACAGAUGAGGGAGCCUGCCCCCCCUGCUUCAGUGGACAGUCCCAUGUCUUCAGCCUCUAGUGACACAUUUAUGUCCCUGACGCCUUAAGAGUGAUCUACGGAUCAGUCUCCAAUGUGCAACCUGAAUUCUGUGCUUAUCUGAAUUUUUCAGAAUUCCUGAAGUCUGUGAUCAUGAGUUUUUUGGAAUGGUGUCGUUUUAUUGCAGUUCUAUGGAAAAAUUAAGGGGCCGUCGUGAGUAAAUGGUUUUAUUCUGUGAAUUAGUUGAAAAAGAGUAACUCUCGGGUUGAAUCUAAUUUUUUGAGACACGUGAAUAUGAAUUGUUGGAGUUUUGAUACAAAUGUAGUGGACAUUAUGCAAACCACUAAUCCUGCUAGUGUACAAUCAACACUAUUUUGGUUUAUCAGUGCAAGGACAACUAAUGAUUUUCUGAAAAUGUAACAUUUUUAUUUAAUCACAACUGAUAUAUUGUUUUUAAAGGUAUUUGUUGUUUAUGGAUAAAUGUUAUGUGAAUAAUCUUAUGUCAAAUAACACAUAUUUAACAUUAUUUUUGUCAUAUACAUUUAUAUUUUAUGCAGACUAUGCUCAGUAAGAAUGUACAAUAUAUAUGCAUGUGUACUUUCAAAAAUAUGUAUGUAUAUAUAAUGUUUACACUGUGGUAUACAUUUAAAAGUUCAAAUACUGUAUAUAACAGAAAAUGUUUUCUGAGACAUUUCCAGUGAAUUUUACCUCCUUUAAUGACCACCAAAAUAGUUUCUCUCAUUUUUAAAUCAUCAAAAUUUUUAAACUUUAAAAGUGAUUAGUAUCAAGUAUAGGAAAUGGUCUUAUCCCUGUACUUUACAUUCUAUAAAACAUCUAGACAAACAAGGUCUACUUGUUUCACUUUUAAUUGACUAAAUCACAAUUCCAGUGGGUCAGAAGUUUACAUACACUAAGUGAACUGUACCUUUAAGCAGCUUGGAAAAUUCCAGAAAAUGAUGUCAAGCCUUUAGGCAAAUAGUCAAUUAGCUUCUGAUAGUCUAAUUGGAGGUGUACCUGUGGAUGUAUUUUAAGGCCUAACCUCAAACUACAUGUCUCUUUGCUUGACAUCAUGGAAAAAUCAAAAGAAAUCAGCCAAGAUUGUGGACCUCCACAAGUCUGGUUCAUCCUUGGGAGCAAUUUCCAAACACCUGAAGGACCCACGUUCACCUGUACAAACAAUAGUACACAAGUAUAAACACCAUGGGACCAUGCAGCCAUCAUACCGCUCAGGAAGGUGACACAUUCUGUCUCCUAGAGAUGAAUGUAGUUUGGUGUGACAAGUGCAAAUCAAUCCCAGAACAACAGCAAAGGACCUUGUGAAGAUGCUGGAGGAAACAGGUAGACAAGUAUCUAUAUCCACAGUAAAACGAGUCCUAUAUUGACAUAAUCUGAAAGGCUGCUCAGCAAGGAAGAAGCCACUGUACCAAAACUGCCAUAAAAAAGCCAGACUACAGUUUUCAAGUGCACAUGGGGACAAAGAUCUUAUUUUUCGCAAGGAGGCCUACAAACCUGACCCAGUUACACCAGUUCUGUCUGGAGGAAUGGGCCAAAAUUCCAGCAACUUAUUGUGAGAAGCUUGUGGAAGGCUACCCAAAGCGUUUGACCCAAGUUAAACAAUUUAAAGGCAAUGCAUCAAAUACUAACAAAGUGUAUGUAAACUUCUAAUCCACUGGGAAUGUGAUGAAAGAAAUAAAAGCUGAAAUAAAUCAUUCUCUCUACUAUUAUUCUGACAUUUCACAUUCUUAAAAUAAAGUAGUGAUCCUAACUGACCUAAGACAGGGAAUGUUUUCUACAAUUAACUGUCAGGAAUUGUGAAAAACUACGUUUAAAUGUAUUUGGCUAAGUUGUAUGUAAACUUCUGACUUCAACUGCAUAUAUAUAUAUACACACACACAAGCAUAAUACAAGUUGUGUAUUUGCAGCUUGUUUAUUGUGUAUAGGAGUGGAUAGAUGGAGUAGUCAGUUGAUAAAUACCUCUGUGCUGCUGAUAUGACGUUUCUUCUAAUGGUUUUCUUUAUUCCUUUAUUUCUUUUCCCAGAUGACUAAAAAGAUGCGUGUGAGAUUGAGGCAAUAAACAUAUAAAAUAUACAUAUAAAUGAAAA